GGUGACGUCGGUGCUCGCCGUAUGUGUCAUAAUAGAAUCACAUAUAGAGUGCUUCAUUAUUUGUAUGCGUCAACUUGUCAAUUAUCUCUCAAUCUGACUUGUUCUUCAACCUUGUUCUCAUCUUCGUCUCCCAUUCCUGCUACCCUCAAAAUACUUGAUCAGAAUCUCAAUCCAUUCAAGUCAUUUUAUACCCCUCAUCUACAUCCACCCCCACUCUCAAACCCCAUUCGCCAAUCCCAUCCACCAUCCACCAUCCGCCAUCCAAUCGCCAACCACUCCAACCAUUCUCAUCACAAAUAAAUCUACACACACAAUGGACUCAAACACUACUCAAACCCAAUUCCCACCCUCCAAUCCUCUAAAACCCCAUCAAAAUCUUAAACUGGUCCCCCUAACUCCAACCGAACAUCUCGAUGAUUUCUGGGAGAUUUGGAGAGAGGAGAGGGGAGUUAUUUGGUCAAGACAAGCCCCUAUGAAAACAAAAGAAGAAGCAUUGGAGUUUUUGAAAUAUAUUUUACCGAGGACGGAGAAGAAUCCGGGGGGAGAGGCGGUGGGGAUUGAUAAGUUUGCGAUUUUGGUUGAGGGGGAGGGGGAGGGUGACCGACCCAAAUGCGUAGGUUUCGUCGGCACCAACCGCCCAUCGCCCGAGGGUCUCGAAAUGGGCUAUUGUGUGAAUCCCGAUUAUUAUGGUAAUGGGUAUGCUACGUGGGGAGUAACUGAAUUUUUGAAGAUUUAUUGGGGGAUGGAAGAAAGAUCUCACAUCCCACACCUUGUGGCAAAAAUCGAUCCGAGAAAUAAAGCAAGCGAGAGGAUAAUAGCCAAAGUCGGAGCGAGAAAGGGGGAAGUUCUUGAAAAUUUCUAUUCGAGAAGGAUCGACGAGGGGAAGCUGAGUGAUAUCAGAUGUUGGUAUUUGGAUAGACCUGCAGUUGGUGGGGAGAGCGAGGGGAAAUAA